AUGGCUUGUCGUCGUCAAAACCAUUUAACGGGCUUGGAGGAUGCAACUGGUGUCUGGUAUGAGAAGGAAACUGAUAUUCACGCUAUUACUGUCUCCUACUUUCAAGACUUGUUCACCACCAGUCAGCCAUCACGCAUCAAUGAAGCAGUGGAUUGUGUCAGCAAACGAAUCACUGAGAGCGAGGGCUCCCUAUUGCUUAAGGCUGUAACACAGGAGGAGGUUUUCGACACUGUAAAGAGCUUGAGUCCCUCAACCUCUCCAAGGCUUGACGGAUUCACAGGGGCUUUUUUUCAACAUCAUUGGGCUGUGGUUGGUACUGAUGUCUUUCGACUAGUUCAGAGUUUCUUUCACUCUGGCAAGCUACCUAGACAGCUUAAUCACACACUUAUCACCCUUAUCCCCAAAAUUCCGAAUCCCCGAAAUAUGAAGCAGUGGAGACCAAUUUCUCUUUGUAAUGUGAUUUAUAAAAUUAUCUCAAAAAUUCUUACCAACCGUUUGAAAACUGUGUUGCCGCAGAUUAUUAGUCCGCACCAGUCAGCUUUUGUGGCAGAAAGGCAGAUCACGGACAACAUCUUAGUGGUGCACGAGAUUCUUCACUCUCUACAACGGAGUAAGCGCUCAAGCUUGAUAUGGCGAAAGCCUUUGACCGUGUUGAAUGGCCUUUCCUGA